AUGGGCCAACAAGCGUCCGUCCCCCAGCCCGGGACACACAUCCAGGUCAUCGGCGCCGGGCUCUCGCGCACGGGAACCGCCUCCUUCAGCGCCGCCCUGGAGAUUCUUCUGGGCGGCCCCAUCUACCACGGGGGUACCCAGACGCUGAUGGGCCCGCCCACGGAGAUCGUCUCGUGGAAGCGGAUCCUCCAGAACUGGCUGUCGGGCGACCACGCUACCACGCUUGCCCUCCUCCAGACCCGCACCGCGGGCUACGCCGCCAUCACCGAUGCGCCCGCGUCGCAGCUCGUCCCCGAACUCCUCGAGCUCUACCCGGACAGCAAAGUCAUCUGCACGGUGCGCGACCCGGACGCGUGGGUGCGGAGCAUCCAGCAAGUCAGCUCGAUCGUGCGCCUGUGGUUUCUGGGCGCCGUGCUGCUCCCGCUCCCCGGGAUGCGGCACUUCAUGGACUACAACUGGCUGCUGCAGGCGCAGUGGGACCGCAUCUAUCGCUCGCGCGACGUCGCCUGGAUCUACCAGCUGCAUCUGCAGUGGCUGCGCGAGGUCGUGCCGCCCGAUCGCCUCAUGCUGUUCGAUGUCCGCGAGGGCUGGGAGCCCCUCUGCCGCGCGCUGGGCAAGGAGGUGCCCGACGUUCCCUUCCCCCGCAUCAACGACGCCCAGGCGGCGGAUCGCAUCGCCGAGUACUACAUCCGCCGGGGGCUGAUGCGGUGGGCCAUCCUGUUGGCUGUGCUUGGGCUGGGGGGUUAUUGGUUGCUGGGAAAGUAG